UUUAUGGUUGAGGGUUCCGAAAACUCUGUGGAAAGUUACCCUGAUGCUUCUUUUCCGUUGUAUGAAUCAGACACGUCUGUUUCAGAAAUAAGCUUGCCAUCAGUUGAUGGCUGUAAAACCGAGACUCAAGAGGAGAAAGCCAAGUCUGCAGAAACUUCGUCUUUUCAACCCGAUUGGCUUCCUUCCUUUCUCAGCUGGCGAAAAAGAAAUGAAAGGCCUCUCAGAGAUACCUUCCGUUUCGGUUUGGAAGAUUUUGUUUCAACUUUUCGGGCGUGUUCACCAUAUAUAAGUGCUCAUCAGAACUCUGUUUUUGUUAUUCAUAUUCCUGGUCAGUUGCUAGAAGAGGCCUUGUUUGAAACUACUAUUCAGGACAUCGCUUUGCUGAAUAUUCUUGGUGUCAAAGUUGUUUUAGUAGCUGGUUCAAGACCACAGAUUGAUAGUCGCCUGGCGAAGGAAGGUAUAAAGCCUCGUUAUUCACACGGUUUUCGUGUCACAGAUUCUGUUGCGUUGAAAGCUGUGAAGGACGCUGCUGGAUUUGUUCGAUAUGAAAUAGAAAGCAAACUAUCAAGAGGCGUAUUCAAUACCCCUACAUUGAACAAGUUUCAUGUUGUUUCUGGUAACUUCUUUACUGCAAUACCAAAAGGAGUUAUAGAUGGGGUCGAUUUUGCGUAUACUGGACAGGUUCGAAAAGUCGAAGCAAAUAAGAUUAGAACGCAUUUGGAUAGAGGCGAUAUCGUGAUUCUGACGAAUGUAGGAUUCUCACCGUCCGGAGAACUUUUUAAUUGUAGUGCUGAAGAAGUUGCGUCGACUUGUGCAGUGCAACUGAAUGCUGAAAAAUUAAUAUUCUUUACAGACGGUGAGGUUCUAGUCGAUAGUAGAUCGGGAAGCAUUGUACAUAACCUGCCUCUGAAAUACGCGCAAAACUUUUUCGACUCAAGUUUGAAUUCCUUUCCAGAAAUGCUUCGAAUCGAGUUUGAAAAUGGUCUCAAAGCAUGUAAAGGAGGCGUACGCCGUAUACACCUUUUGAACAGAUUUGUUGAUGGUGUCUUAUUAAUGGAAUUGUAUACCAGAGAUGGUGCAGGGAUGAUGAUAUCGAGAGAUAUUUAUGAAGGGAUUCGUAAAGCUGCAUUACAAGAUAUAGGUGGAAUACUACAAAUUAUAGAGCCUCUUGAGAAUGCUGGUAUUCUAGUUCGAAGAAGAAGGGAACAAAUUGAAAAAGAAAUCGAUCACUUUGUUGUUGUCGAAAGAGAUGGUAUGGUUAUUGCUUGUGCAGCACUUCAUGUUAUUCCCUCGGACUCCUCAACUGCAGAACUUGCUUGUUUAGCGGUGCAUCCGGAAUAUCGUCGUAGUGGUAAAGGUGAUGCUCUAUUGGGUUACUUGGAGCGAGAGGCAUAUUCAAAAGGAGUAAGAAAACUGUUUAUUUUAAGCACCCGAACGUUUCAGUGGUUUCUAGAACGAGGAUUUAAAGCAGGCACUGUAGAGGAGUUACCAGAAGAGAGACGGAAGUCGUAUAAUCGUGAGAGAAACUCCAAAAUCUUCAUUAAAUUCUUGGAAGGAAACCGUGCCGUUGAUGAAGAGGAACUUCUUAAAAGAUUGUAACAAAUAGAAUAUAUUAAAAUACCGUGUUUUAUA